AUGGAUGUGGAACAAGGACGGAACAAGAGCAUGGACGUUGAGUUUGUUAUCCUGGGAUUCAACACCAGCAGAACUCUGAGGAUCAUAUGUUUUGCUUUGUUCUUUUUCAUGCUCCUCAUCACCCUCUCAGGACACUUGGCCAUAGUAGUCAUAAGUGUACUUGAUCCUGCCCUCAACACCCCUAUGUAUUUUUUCCUGCGCAGCCUGUCAUUCAUUGAAAUCUGCUACACUUUGGUCAUUGUGCCCAAAAUGCUGGCCAGCUUCUUGGCUAAGAGCACAAGAAUCUCCUUGAUUGCAUGUGCUGCACAGAUGUACUUCUUCAUUGCCUUUGGAGGCGCUGAGUGCUUCCUCUUGGUUGUGAUGGCCUACGACAGGUACGUGGCCAUAUGCAACCCACUGCGCUACACUCUCAUCAUGAGCAGGAAUCUCUGCAUGCAGUUUUUGGUGGCAACCUAUAUCAGCGGAUUCAGCAUCUCACUAGGAUUGACCUUGCUGAUUUUCACUCUCCCCUUCUGUGGAUCCCAUGAGAUCAAUCAUUUCUUCUGUGAUAUUCCUCCUGUGUUGUUGUUGGCAUGUAGUGAUAUAAGUAUGAAUGAGGUGGCUGUGUUCUUUGUUUGCAUGACAAAUUUGCUCAUUCCUUUCCUCCUCAUUUUGAUUUCCUAUGUGUUCAUCGGCCGUUCCAUUGUCAGGAUCAAAUGUUCUGAAGGGCGGAAUAAAGCUUUCUCCACCUGUGUCGCUCACCUGGUUGUGGCCCUCCUACACUAUGGGUGUGCGAUCUUCAUCUACAUUCGUCCAAAGGCCAGCUACUCCCUGAAUCAUGACAAAGUGGUCUCCCUGAUCUACACUAAUCUUACCCCCAUGUUGUACCCCAUAAUCUACAGUCUCAGGAACAAGGAAGUCAAGGGAGCAUUCAAGAGAGUGUGGGAAAGAAUAUUUGUUGCUAUAGCAAAGUAA